AUGUUCUUGGAUGGUGAAGUGACCAUUCCUAUCUAUUAUGUUGUUGGCAUGGCCAGCGUUAUGGGUGGAAUGUUCGUUGUUUUUGCGGCUACCUAUUUCAAGAAUCGAAGACAGUACGAGACCUUUGAUUUGGACCUUCCCCCCGCUGGAUAUGACGAUUUGAAAAUGGAGAAAAGAGUAAAUUGGCCAGUGGAAUCGCGGCUCAAAGAGGUGGUCACUAUGAAUCCCAUUCAACCUCAAACGAGUUUGAAGAGCAAGGUCAAAGAAGCAUUGCCGUGGAAGAGCAGUGUAAGUUUUUCAAUUAUUCCUUUGCUUCGCCGCGAGAACGGUAUCCCUUUGAUUUCUCGAUCAAAAAAAUUUUUUCAACGCUUUUAAAUUUACAUAAUUUCAGUCUCAACAUGUGAUUGAUCAGCUGAAGCCGGAAAGAGUCGAAGAGUUCCGAGGCCGGCUGAAUUUUGCAAUUAGCUACAACCACGAUUCCGAGACGUUGUAUUUGCAUGUUCUGGAAGCCAUUGAUCUUCCAGUCAGAGAUCUCACAGGUAAAUAAAUAAUUAAUCUUGAACCAAAACUAACCGUUAGCCCUAAGCAUGUAUAAAUUUAUCUCGAUUUGAGGCUUUACUUUAGUAGGCCGAAUUCCUUUGACCAGAAACGAGGGUCGGGAGUAUCAACGUUAUUUUCAAAUGGGUUUAUUUCAGGCAGCUCUGAUCCAUAUGUGGUGUGUUGGAUCCUGGAAGAGCCGGAUCAAUGUCAGAAGACACGGGUGAUGCACAGAAAUUUGAAUCCGAAGUUCCAGCAGAUUCUCAGCUUCCAAGGUGGGGAAAUAUUUCGAAGUAUAUAAAAGGGAAACGGAAUAGUGCUUGCUAAAAAGUUUAUGUACAAAUUUAUACAAAUUGUAGAAAAGGCCGACGUCGCUUACGAUACUGUCGGCGAACACUAGGCGAAGGCUCGGCGGAGAGUCGGCGAAGACUUGCAACAUGUCCAAUUUUUCAAAUUUUAUAUAUCACUAACGUUAGUUCUCUUUAUCUUGAGCUAUUGUAACAUAUACAAGACCGAAAUUUGUGGUAAAAACGAAGAUACUUUACUUUUACCUAGAUAUUAUUGAUGUGAGUACAUGUAAAAUACCUCGAAAUAGGUUAUAAGCUAUCCUAGGACCGAUCAAUCUUACUAUUAUUUCUACUAACCAAGCUUUUUCCUAGCCUCCCCCAUGCAUAUAUACAACGACGCACUGACGCGAUCCAUAGUAUCCUCGAACCGAGCUGUCGCUUACCCGAAAACUCGUAGCGCCCUUUUUUCGGCCUUUGUUCGCGGCGCACUUGCGUUUUUCCCGCUUUUUUUGAAUUGCAAAAAAUCAAAUACAUGUCGCAAAACGGGCGUUUGUGCACGCUGCCCACAGCAAAAAGUCUAUGAACUCAAAGAAUAAAAGAUGUAGUACGAUUCAACCGCAAGAAUUCACAGGAGCUCAUUUUUGAUCCCUUCUUUUCGGUGAAAUUUUCCAUUGAAAUUUGGCCAUAAAAGCGGAGGAAAUGAAUCGGGCGCGGAAAUGAGUAUUCUCCCUUAUUGGAUUUGCGCAUUUCAAACAAUAAAGACAGCCUUCUUCUAUACUUUUUCGAAUCUUUCAAUCCCGGAUAGACCCUAGAACCUUUCGAAGCGACUUUUCAGACUGGAAUUUUGAGGCCUAUUUGUAAAAAAUGUAAAGACCUUGCUUACCCGUUACAAAAAUGUCCGUCUUUUCAACUCCUCCAAAUUCAAUGGAUAUUUACCGUAGCGGCCUCGUUUACACUUCAAAUUUCCGGGACUCUACUCAUCUCCAAAUUUUGGCUUGUUUACCAUCAAAAGAUGUCGCGCAUCGGCCGUUUUCCCUGCUUAUUUGGGCUCCUCAUUUAACUUUUGUUUAUUUUCCCUUCCCCAAAUCUCUUCGAAAUAGUUUCUGCUUUGUGGGUGGUGAAACUUUCUUGAGGGAUUAGCGUGACAAAGGGAAGUUUACCGGUCGGAAAACGGAGUUUAAAGGGCAGAAUGGAAAAAUUUAUGCGGUUUUGGAGCAUUUAAGAUUAGCUCUAAUUUUGGCGAAGGUGGCUAAAAGUUUAAGAUUAAAUUAUUCCCGUAUAUAUAUAUAUACCUAUAUAAAGAGUCUAUAUAUAAGUUUUAUAUACGAGUAGAGUUCUGCAAAGUUUUGUCACACUUCUUCGUUUUCCUACAGCUAUUGUUUGUGUAGAAAUUAUUUUGCGCAUAUAUAAUGGAGAAAUCAUACCGGAAGUAAAAAUGCAAAAACAGAAAAAUUGGUGUCCCAAGUGUAUUUGACAACCUGCUUUGUUUUUCUUUUCUUCCACCUUUCUUGUUUUGCCCAUACAACCGUUCAUUACGAUAGCAGCCCACUAUUAUCCUGUCACAAAUCAUUGCUUGUUGUCACAAGGUAGUGACCAUUACCUCAAAUUUUUACAUUUCUUGCUUGAGUCAAAAGUUGUAUAGCCGCAAUUUAUACGACUAAAAUGUCUUAGUUUCGCAAGGAGGUUCAUAAAUAUUCUAUGAGCCAAAUAUAGACGUGUUAACAAGUUGGCAAUUACUGAAUGUUUGAGUAAUUGGAGACCCUUUCUUGAAUUUCUCUCCGGCCAUUUUUUUCGACAUUUGCAGUCAUAAAGGAGUCCAAAUUAUUGGAAUCGGUGGGUAAAAGUUUUCAAGUCCUUCUUGAGGGUUUCGUUAUUGAAAGUGUUUUUUAGACUAUGUUAGCGAACUAAUCGAUGAAUUUUACUCGUCGCCGUGCUGCACGUUUUUCGCGCGACAGCGCACUGCGUAGACAUGUCAUGUCAAGACAUUUUUGCCCGUCUAGGUAUCUUGUAACCCUUUGCUCUUUCACUGAUUUACAUUGCUAGUUUUCUUCGAUAAUUAGGAUAAGCUGAAAACUCUACUGCUUUGCGCGCAACUUUACAACCAUUUAUCUAAUGGCUUCACAUCAGUAUUACUAAAUUAAUCCCCAUGCUCUAAGCUUAACGCGUCCUGCAUACACUUUUCUUACUUUUUUGAACCCUCAACUGUACUGAGAUUUGCAUAAUCGCUUCGGGCCGAUUUAGCAUAAUCUUCGGCCCGAUCUCAAUGUUAUGGGAAAAUAAAAUUUAAAAGUCUGCGAAGAACGCCUCAGGGCUUUAAGGAUGCGCGUUUGGUCGCUCUCUUCAUUUGGCUGGGGAUUUGGGAUGCAAAUUGUUGGGGACAAAGUUUGGAGAAAACGAGUGAGAAAAGAUGGACACAAACGUUUUAAGAAUGAGCUCAAAGCCCUUGACUUUGUUUGGGCUCGGAUUUGGCUAACAUGUGUGGAGGGUGCGAUUGACAGGAGCAUGGAUUGCUUUUGAUAGAAUAUAAUGGAAUUUUUGGGGCUGGAAACACUGUAGUAUAUAAAAAAACUUGCUUGGAAUAUAUACUUCAUCUGAUUCAUUUUACUUUGGUAAACGAUAGAUAUCGAUCACCCGGCCUACUCUGCUUUGCGCUAAAAUUAAGGUUGAAGGAACUUGAUGCUAUAUGUAUUGUGAGGAGGUGAAUAUCUUUAGAAUGGAAUUCCAACAAUUCAUCGGCUGACUUUUUGGUAUUUACAUUUAUGUAUUAUAUUACAAUCAUACAUCAGCUUGUUGUCUUGGGUUUACUUCCAUUUUGUUUCUAGCAGUCCGAUAAUCAUAUUUACAAUUAUUUCUGAAUCUAAAGAUAGAUGAUGUCUCGCCUCCUCAUAAGAAAAAGCCAUAGCAAUACAUUUAUAUUCCCGUUUUUUAAUUUGUUACAUCUCCGAUGUCCUAGAGAUUUCUCACUCCGCUGUGCGAUUAUAUCAGCUCGCAUAACCCCGCAAUAAUCUGAUAUUAUCCAUUAGGAUGGAUCGUUUGGCCGCAUGUCAUUUGAUGCACGGCUUUCUGCAUGUUCCCGGCCAUCGGAGAAGGCAUGCCACUUCGCCUUCGUGCCAGCAUCUCCGCUCCGGCCACAGAUCGCUGAGCUUGGCGGACCGGCGGGGGUUGAUAAAUCCUUCGAGGACGACGGCGCAUGGGCUGAUUUCCACGGAUCCGGCCACACAUAGUAAAUACUUGCGAAAUAUUAACCAAAGUUGCAAAAUAUAAGUGAAGAAAAAAAUACGAUGAUUUGGUUUGAAGAUGAUUAUUCAUGGCUUACAAAUUUCAGGGCAUUCCAUGAAGAAGUUGCAUGACAUGACCAUGGUAAUGCAGGUCAUGGAUUAUGACCGCUUCAGCGCCGACGACCCAAUCGGAGAAAUUUUGUUGCCCAUGAAGAAUGUGAAAUUCGAAAAAAGUCCAAUUUACUGGAAGCAUCUGCAACGACCGACUGUUCAUCGGGUGAGUCCUCAGGCUUUUGUUAGGCUAUUUCUACAAAAAAUUAUACGGAGUCUUUUUCUGACAGGCCAAAUUCUAACGUUAAUAAAGCUAUUCCAAAAAAACCUUUGUUUGCAGGAACAAGCCGGAGAAGUGAUGAUAACCCUAUGUUAUCUUCCCGAAUCCAACAAACUGAAUGUUUCGUUGGUGAAAGCCAAAGAUCUCCCGAACCGCGAAAAGAUUGGCACGGCUGACCCCUACGUCAAACUAUGGCUAGUGCAGAAGGGCUCCAAGCUGGAGAAGCGAAAAACCACGGUGAAGCCGCAGACCCUUGCGCCGGUUUUCAACGAGAUCUUCUCUUUUACCGUCCCAAACAAGGAGAAACUGGAGAAGGAGAUCAAUUUGGUGGUCUCGGUGAUGGAUUACGAUCCAAUUAGCAGCAACGACGAGAUUGGUCAUUGCGUGGUGGGGUUGUUGGGAAGAGAAUCGGGCGCGAAACAAUGGAAAGAAGCGUUGGAACACCCGGAGAGUGCGGUGACUUCGUGGCAUAAAUUGUCGCCGCAUUGGUGA